UCUCUCUCUCUCUCUCCUCCCAUCUUUCUCUGUAGACAUGCCUUGUGUGCAGGCACAGUAUGGGCCCGCCCCUCCAGGCUCGUCCUACUCCGCCCAGUCCUUUGGUUACCAGGGCGACAGCUACAGCUCUGACCUCAUGACCCCGGACUAUACCAAGUUGGACUUGGGGGGGGGUGAGAUCUCGGCGGCCGCCACCACCUCUCUGCCCAGCUUCAACGUGUUUGUCGAGGGGAGCUAUGAGCCCAAGUCCUCCUGCCUAUACCAGAUGCCCUCCCAUAGGCCGCUUAUCAAGAAGGAGGAGGAGUCCUACCCACAAUCUGACACCAUGCCCACCUCCUCCAUGUACUUUAAACAGUCUCCUCCGUCCACCCCCACCACCCCCUCUCUCGCCCCCCAGCCUGGCUCCUCCUUCCUCUGGGAUGACUCCCCCCACCUCUCCCUGCAGCCCCCCUCCCACGGCCCCCUCAAGUCCGCUCGCUUCCCCCACUUCUACCAGCAAUCCCCUCCCCACAGUGGGGGGUACGAGGGGCUGGGAGGGGGGCUGCCUCGCUCUUCCUCCUCAUCCUCUUCCUCAUCCUCUUCGGUGCCCCCUCACCCCCACGGCCCACCCCUGGAACAGCACCUGUACCAGCUGCACCGCGGGGUUGGGGGUCCGGGGGGACUGGCCUUCCGUUCUCUGGCGCUGGGGUCCUGUAACCCUCUGCUGGGGGACUGCCUGCCCUCGCCCCCCCAUCGCGGCCCCCCAGGAGAGGGCACCUGUGCCGUGUGUGGCGACAAUGCUGCCUGCCAGCACUACGGCGUACGCACCUGCGAGGGCUGCAAAGGCUUCUUCAAGCGUACGGUGCAGAAGAAUGCCAAGUAUGUGUGCCUGGCCAGUAAGAACUGUCCGGUGGACAAACGGAGACGCAACCGCUGCCAGUACUGCCGCUUCCAGAAGUGCCUCAGUGUCGGCAUGGUGAAGGAGGUGGUGCGUACAGACAACCUGAAGGGCCGUCGAGGUCGUCUGCCCUCCAAACCAAAGAGCCCGCUGCAGGCGGAGUCCUCGCCUCCCUCGCCUCCCCUCAGCCUGCUCUCUGCUCUGCUCAGGGCCUACUCACACUGCACUCCCAGGGAACUGGACUACAGCCAGUUCAGUGCGGCGGAAGCCCCCUCCUCCUCCUCUGACACCCAGUACAUACAGCUCUUCUAUAAGCUGCUCACCAUCUCCAUGGAGACCACACGUUGCUGGGCCGACCGGCUGCCCGGCUUCAAUGAGCUUCACGGCGAUGACCAAAACCUUCUCAUAGACUCCGCCUUCCUGGAGCUCUUCGUCCUGCGAUUGGCCCACAGGUCUUUGUUGUCGGAGGAUAAGCUGGUGUUCUGUAAUGGCCUGGUGCUGAGCAGGUUCCAGUGUCUGAGAGGUUUUGGAGAGUGGCUGGACUCCAUCAGAGACUUCUCCUCUCAUCUACAGAGUCUCAACCUGGACACAUCCGCCUUCUCCUGCCUGGCUGCCCUGGUGCUGCUCACAGAGCAGGUCCCAGGACUGAAGGACAGUAAGCGUGUUGAGGAGCUGCAGAACAAGGUGGUCUGUUGCCUUAGAGACCACCUGGGCUUUGGCCCCUCCUCCUCCUCCUCCUCCAAGGCCACGCCCCCUCUAAGUCGUGUGCUGGGUGUUAGGGCGGAGCUCCGCUCCCAGAGGACCCAGGGUCUGCAGAGGAUCUUCUACCUGAAGCUGGAGGACCUGGUCCCACCCCCACCUCUGAUUGACAGGUUCCUAGACACUCUGCCCUACUGAUGCUGCCUGGGCUGAUUAUGCCCACACAUAUGUGUCACAUCCUGUUUAAGACACCCCCCACCCCCACCCCAGAUCACCACGCAGCCACGCUCAGAGGAGCGAGACUCGCUGAGCCAAGCUGAGAGACAGCCAAUCAAAUUGCUUUUCACUCAUUAAGGACAACCAAUCAAAAAAUGCUUUUCACGCCAUAAAGACAAUUAUUCAUAUGCUUACCACUUUCUAUCUGGACCGUUUUUCUCGUGUGAUGGGAGGAUGUGAAAGGAUGACAAAAAUAUGAAAGUGACAUUUUUCUCUGUCCUGUUUUAGUCUGGUUAUGCCUGAAGGAGGAAAAUAAGACCCAGGCCUUUGUUCUGGACUGGUUUGGCCUGCUUCAGUCUGGUUUGGUUCAGUCUGAAGUUCAUAGCAGUCUGUCCUAGGGGGAGGGGAAGGCAGUCUGUGUGAGUAGCUGUGUGACGCUCUGAUGAUGUCCCAGGGAAACAGAAGCUGCGUUUGUUUUGUGUUCCCCCUGCGAAAUUGGACGAAGGAGACUUUUAAAUAAAAAAAGGUAUCGUCAGUCAAGACGACGUACAGCGUGAGUGACCCAGCAAUCUGUCUGUGUGUGUGUGAGCUUAGUCACACAACAGAAGGCAUUAAAACAGAAGAUCUAUAUAAAACACCCAACACACACAGUGAAGUGACUGCUGUUUGGCUCUGUUGUCCAAGUGCAAUUUCUUUAGUGCUAUCUUUCUUUUUAACGCAACAGCUAGAGAUGGAAAGGUUUCAUUUCAAACUAACCAUUGAUGACUCAGUCUCUCAGACUUGAACUGGCUGUAGUAGAUUUAAGAAUGAACUCUUAGGAUUAUUGGAGGAAAGAACGCAAGCAGCACUUACACCCUCAGAGGGUGACAAGCACAGACACACACCCACCCUGCUCCCCGAGAGAGGGGGCGAAGAGGCAGAGAGGAGGAGAACAGGAGAGGAGGAAAGGGGGGCUGGGAGUAGAAGGGUGCUCGAUGGAUGACUGUAAGGGGCCUGGGAGAGGUUGAAACAUUCCGCAGUCAUGCUCUUUUUAUAUGUUUGUAAUAUGGAGGCUGUGAGAGAUUGGAGGACAGUGUUACUGUCUAUGUGUUUCUGUGUAGGAGUACAGGAGCAUAUGCAUGGUGUGUUAUAAGCUGUUAUAAGCUCUUAUGAAGCUGUUAUGACAGCCUGGCCUGGUUUGUGUGUCAGACUGCGCUGUGUGUGUGUGUGUGUGGUCCCCCCACCUGGCCAUCCACCAUUACACAUCACAGACUCACUCACAGGCAUCCGUUUUGAAAGAAGGAAAAAAUACAAUUCUAUAGAUAUAUAAAUAUAUAUAUAUACAAAACUAAUAUUUUGAAGUGUUUUUAGCUUUUUCAAAUAUUGUGGUACAAGUUGUGCAUUGUUUUUUUGAAGAAGAGAAAUUAAAAGAAGUUAAAAAAGUU